GGAGAAACAAAACCCCGGUAUUUUUCACCGCCCGGCAGAGUAUUUUCUCUGCAGAGCUACCCGAUCAGCUGUUGCAGUCGGCCUGGGGAAACAUUAUCGGCUUCAGUUUUCCGGAUCUCUGCUUCUCUGCCCAACCCGAACAGCCGCCUAUUAGUCUGAUCAACAUGGAGAAUCGAAAACGACCGUUAGAGGCAGUUUCGAGCAGUGACGGCUGCAAAACCCCGGAGAAGAGAGUGUCAGUGGUCCGGCUGCCGGACUCGGACUACAUACGAUGGGGAGUAGGGGAAACGUGUCAGUACCUACGAAGAGAAGGUCUCGGGGAAUGGGUGGAUAAGUUUAGAGCACAAAAGAUAACAGGCGUCGGGCUGAGGUAUCUCAAGGAUGCUGAUCUGGAGAAGAUUGGUGUAGAGUGCCUUGGUGACCGUCUGCAGAUCCUACACAGCCUCAGUAAGCUGUGGCAGAUAGAAGCUGAGACAAGCAAGGUGUUUAAUGAUCCCAUCCACGGCCAUGUAGAGUUACAUCCACUUCUCAUUAAAAUCAUAGACACACCCCAGUUCCAGAGACUACGAAAUCUCAAACAGCUUGGGGCAACCUACUUCGUUUUCCCUGGAGCGUCCCACAACCGGUUUGAACACUCGAUUGGGGUGGGCUACUUGGCAGGACGACUUGUACAAGCUUUGAACGAGAGGCAGCCAGAGCUCCUCAUCUCUCGCAGAGACAUCCUUUGUGUGCAGAUCGCUGGGCUCUGCCAUGACUUGGGACAUGGGCCAUUUUCCCAUAUGUUUGAUGGGAUAUUCAUACCCAAGGCACGUCCGGGAAUUACCUGGAAGCAUGAGACUGCCUCUUCAGCCAUGUUUGACUACCUGAUUAAUGACAAUGGCUUGAAGCCAGUGAUGGAGCAGCAUGGCCUGGUGCUGCCUGAGGACCUGGACUUUAUUAAGGAGCAGAUUGCUGGACCAUUGGACGCUAAUGCAGCUCAAGGCCAGGAGUGGCGAUACAAAGGUCGUCCAGAAGACAAGUCCUUCCUCUAUGAAAUCGUGGCCAACAAAAGAAAUGGCAUUGAUGUGGAUAAGUGGGACUACUUUGCCAGGGAUUGCUACCACCUUGGCAUCCAGAACAACUUUGACUAUCACCGUUUCCUAAAGUUUGCCAGGGUGUGUAAGGUGGAUGGGCAGAAGCACAUCUGCACUAGAGACAAGGAAGUGGGCAAUCUGUACGACAUGUUCCACACCAGGAACUGUCUCCACAGAAGAGCCUACCAGCACAAAGUGGGCAGCAUCAUAGAGACCAUGAUCACAGAGGCAUUUUUAAAAGCAGAUAAACACAUCAAGAUUGAAGGCUCAAAGGGGAAGAUCUUCACUCUGUCCACAGCCAUAGAUGACAUGGAGGCCUACACCAAGCUCACAGAUCACGUGUUUGAACAGAUACUCCAUUCGUCGUCUGUGGAGCUGGCUGAAGCGAAGCAGAUUCUACGCAACAUCGUCUGUCGACGCCUCUACAAGUGUCUGGGCCAAACCCAACCUGACAAACCCUUGAGUGUCACCCAGGAUAUGAUUAACAACUGGGUAGAAGAUUUGGCAGAGUCCAUCCCUCAGAGUGGCACCCAAGAUAUCAGUCUGCAGCCAGAAGACUUUAUAGUUAAUGUCAUUGUUAUGGACUAUGGGAUGAAGGAAAAAAACCCAAUCAACAAUGUGCGCUUCUAUUGCAAAGAUGACCUAACAACAGCCAUCCAGAUACGCAAGAACCAGGUGUCAAAACUACUUCCGGAGCAAUUUGUUGAGCAGCUGAUCAGGGUCUACUGCAAGAAGACGGAUGAUAAGAGUCUGGAAGCUGCCAAGAAGCAUUUUGUCCAGUGGUGCAUGGACAUGAACUUCUCAAAGCCUCAGGAUGGAGACAUAAUAGCACCUGAGCUGACCCCUCUGAAAGCCAGCUGGUCGAACAACAAUGAAGGCGAGGACGGUGAAGAUGGCAGCUCCAGAGAAGUAAACUGCGUUAGAGCAAACGGGCAGAAAAAAGCCAAAACACAGCUUACUUUUAAGUAAAAGGAAGAGAGCUAAUACCCCUCUGUUACACAUGUGGUAGACAAGCUAGUGUUGAGUGAAAAUUGUAUUUUUGUACAAGGUGAGUGUGUUGAUGAACAGAGCUAAAAAUUAAGCAGCAUUUACACAAAAAAAGCAGUUCUCAAAAGAGGAUACACUGCAUGUUGAGGGUCUGUACUCAGGGCUUUUACAAAAACUAUUUUUUACACGUUUCUUUUUGGUUGCUAUUUUUUAAUAAUUUUUUAUCACAUUUGGUUGCUAUUUUUAUUUUAGACUCAUUUACAGCCAUAGGUCUCACUUUUAAGUUGAAUUGUUUUAUGCCAUCCACUAAGCAAUAGCCUAUCAUGUAUUUGAAUUAUAAACAGUAAAUCAUGGUUCAUUAAAUGUUUUGCUCUGAAACAGAAUAUGCACACUGUAUUUCAGGGCAGUUUGUUUUUACAGCAUAUAUCGUUUUAUUCAGAUACACUCAGGCUUUUUUUUUUUUUUUUGGUGGUUAAUGGUUAAGCACUAUAUCAAAUCUGCAGUCAAAGGUUGAAACAGUUUCUGACAUUUGAAGUGAGCAUUUGUUUUUAUUUGAAUUAUUUAGAAAUUUGAUUUGAUUUUACCUUGAAUAUAUUUAUUUUCCUUUGGAGUGUGUUACGCGGCCCUUAAUUUAUGGUACUUACAGGAAGUAGCACAACUUAACCAUUGUUGUCUUCACCUUUUGAGAUAUGUGCAACAUUUUAAAUGGUACUUUGGAUACCAUUUAAGAUGUUUUCCUCUUACCAAGAUGUGACACAUCCUCAUCAAACUUGCCUCAUAGCUGGUGGUCUACUUGUGUUGAUUGUCUAAAAAUAUUUGUUAAAGAAUGUAAAGGGAAACCUACCAAGUGUUUGGGAGAUCCUGUCAAGGUUAUUCCUUUUUAAAGGGGUUGAUAAAAGUUUGAAAAUAAAA